AACCCUAGCAGGGAUUUUGGAGGGAGGGAGAGGGCUGGCGAUUUCGUCUCGAAAGAUCGACUCCUCGGCGACUGGAGCACAGCGCCAUGGUAGAUUCCAUCUUCGGUGAGCUUCUUGGCACGGCGUCCUGGUGAAUCGCUUCCAGAUCGGUGCUAGGGCGCCUACAUUCAAGAAAGAUCCAGGUCUGGACACCGCAUUCUUGCGCAGCGUCUUGCGAUGGCUGGAUAGAUCGACAAGGGUCGCGAUGGAGCAUCAGCAGGAGCCAGUCUUGGAAAAGGAUUUGCACGAAUUGCGGCAGGAGCUAGAGAAAUCGAUCGCCUCGGACACGCAUACGUCGCUGGCGGCUAAUAUGCUGCUGGAUGUUCCCAUCGCCGACGGGAGUGGUGGAGGCUCUGUGGUCUCGGGGAUUGAUCGUGAGCCAGCGGUUGUCGUGCAGAUGAUUGGGAGCGUCCAAGGAGGUGAUGCUGCUACUCCAGCUCCUGCUGGUGAACAACCAUCUUCAUUCCCUGGAGAAGACCAAGAACAACAGCUGCAGAGAAGCAAAUAUGGAGAAGGAAAUGCCUUGAAAGGAAAUAAGUUGGCUAAGAAGUUUGGAAGAAAGGUCUAUAUUGGGAACGUCAUUGGCUUUGAUCCUGAAAGACAAUGGUACAAGGUUGAAUAUGAAGAUGGCGACCAGGAGGAACUUUGGUGGUGGGAGCUGGAACCUUUAUUGAUUCAAUAUGAAAAACGAAUGGAAUCAAUGACAAAGAAAAGAUCACGGUCCGAAGGAGAUAAAAUAGCUCAGGCUAAGCGGAUGAGAGAUCCGGACGAAGAAUAUCUAGAGCUGGUAGAGGAGCUCAGUAUGUUCUCCUCGUCUUCAGGAACUUCUGAAGACGAUGAUUGGGAUAGGGAUAUCAAGAAGACACCGAGAUCCAAAAGAUCGGGAAAGAAACGAAAGGCGGAAAGCUUGCAAGCUGAAAGAGGGAGCGUGUCUACUGAAAGUAUACAGGCUGCCUCCGAGGAAGCUGCUACUGAAUCCGUUAGCCGGAGAGUAGUCAGAUCAAAAAGCUCCUCGGGGAAUGAGAACGGCUUCAGCUUGAUCGGAAGAGAAACCAGGAAAGUUUUUAAAGGAAGAAAUUAUAUAGGCAAAGUUAUUGAGUUCGAUCCGGAGGCAAAGUUUUACAAGGUUGUAUAUGAGGAUGGGGACUCGGAGGAGCUUGAGUGGAAGGAGUUAAAGGCUACAUUAGUUUCCAACGACGGCAAAUUGCUUGUCAGCAAUGGCCAUGUUGAAACAGAAUCCAAACAGUCCAGCAAUCCGUCCAGCAACAGAUCCGUAGAUGACACAGAGGUGAAUGAACAUACUCCAAGGAGGGGAGGAAAAAAGCUGGAUGAGAUGCCUCUGACAAGCUCUCAAGUCAAGUAUCCAGGCGCAUUGCAUCCAGCGUUUGAAAGAGCCCGUUUCUUGGAAAAUAACACUGAAAAACUGGAGUAUUUUGCAUGGGGCGAAGUUGUCGCUUUCGACAAAGCUAAGUGUCCCGAUCUGAAAGCUAUGGGGACUCUGCCAACAAAGUCUCCCAUUGUUCAUUUAGCCGCAAGCCAGCAUCAUCUUGCUGUGUUAACAGCUGCGGGACAGGUUUUUGUUUGGCGAAACAAGCAUGGAAAUAUUACUGAGCGUUGCGAUGCAUGGGAACAUAUUUCCAGUCUGGAUGAUAAAACUAUAGUUUUGGUUGACAUUGCUGGACCAGAGUUGGAGAGAUCAUCGGCAGGUUACUCUUCUCAUCAAGAAGACCAGGUUCCAGAUCCUUUUUUCCUAGCUGCGGUGUCUUAUAAUGGAAAUGAGUACGUUCUUCAAGGUUCUCAGCCUCAUGAACCUGUUCAUACUUAUUCUUUGUUGGAGGAAUUCCAGUAUCCAAGCCUUGAAGAUUUAUUGAAAUUGAAUGACACGACUGUGAACAAUUUGGGCCGGAUUUCUCAAGUGGCUGUUGGAACCGUUGACGCAUUUGACGAGCCUCCAUUCAUCGGGUACAUUAUGGACACCGAUCGCGUUUAUAUUAGAUCUGCAACGAAGGACUUCAUGGAAGAAGUGAACCACAUCACAGGAUUUUCGGGAAGGCCUUUGAAAAUCCAGUGUGGAAGUGCAUAUCACGCUAUUAUUCUGACUGAUGAUGGUCGGGCCUGGACUUGGGGUCGUGGUUAUUUCCCCGGCACCGGCAAUGCAACAUUUUCUGUAUGUCAACCUGCUCUUGGCAGUCUAGUCAACCGAAAGGUUGUGGAUAUUGCUUGCUGUGGUCAGAACUUUAUAGCUCUAACAGAUGACGGUGAAGUUCACCAAUGGACUCACGGACUUCCCAAUUCCUUCCUCGGCGUUGAGAAUUCACCAAAAUCAGCUUUAAAAGUUCCAACAGAGGACAAGCUACAGAAGGUUGCACUUGGAGUCGGGGUAGUCGCUGGAAUUUCUAGCGCGGGAAAGCUCCAUACCUGGAAGACUUCUCUUGGACACCCAACCUCUGCCAAAUGCGCUACACCGCUGAGUCGUGAUGAGAAAAGUAAAGAUACCUCUGUUGCUGCACUAGGGACGAGAUCUAUGCUAAAAGUCUUCUGCGUUGCUGGCUCGUCAAUAGCAGUCGGGCGAAAGAAGCCACGAGGAAGGCCUGCCAUUGGAAAAGACCCCUGAAGGCAGAAGAUUAGUAUGUACAAUACAGAUUGACUCAAGGUGACUACUUUGUCCAGUUUUGUAUGCAAAAUUACAGCAAUAUAGAAUUCAACUAA